AUGAUUGAGAAUGCCAUCAGGAGUGGGAAGAUCGAUGUGGGAGAGAGUAACAGAAGAUCGACCUCGAAGAGGAAGGAAAACGAGGUGAACAACGUGAGCAUAUACAGCAAGGGUUACCCAAAAUCAGUAACAGUGAGUCGCCAGGAAAGGUGGCUGCCAAUCAGCAAAGCUCGUCAAGACAGGAGGUCGCUCUUGCAACCCCCGUAUCCCAAAUGGUACGAUGCGAAUGCACAGUGCGACUAUCAUGCGGGAACAACAGGGCAUUCCAUAGAAAACUGUACGGCCUUUAAGAGGCUGGUUGAAAGGCUCAUUGGUAUGGGUGUCGUUAAAUUUGAUGACUCGACCAAGGCAGAAAACCCAUUACCAAACCACACUGAUGGUGGGGUAAAUAUGAUGGGCGAAGAUAGAAGAAUCAAUGUAGACAUUGCGGAUGUGAAAACUUCUUUGAGAUGGAUCUGGAAGGAGAUGGUGAAAAGGGGACUAAUCGUCUCGGAAGAAAGUUGUGAAAAGAGGGGGAACUACUGUGAGUUCCACCAUGAAGUGGGGCAUGAAAUCCAAGAGUGUACGGAGUUCAGAGCCAUGAUACAAGAGUUGGCAUUGGGAGUUCCGAAGGCUAACCAUCUUGUGGUCAUCAUUUCGCGACCUCAGAAUAGUGAGGUUGGGGCACGUAUAACACCAAAAGUAAUCAUUCAAAAAUCUACUGUGUUUGCAUUUAAGGAUAACAGGAGGGUUCCUUGGAAUUACGAUUGUAAUGUGACAAUCCCGGGGAAGAAGGAUAUAAUCAGUAAAGAGGAUCAGGAUGAAGGAAGGCACUACGAACAGAUGAAAGCUCGAGAAGGGCCAAUAAGAGAAGAAGCUUCGGUUGGAAAGAGGAAGAAUGCGGUCGAACCUGAAUUAUUGGUCAAUGAACCAAUCAAAGAGGAGGAAGCUAAAGAGUUCUUGAAGUUCCUAAAGCAUAGCGAGUACAGCGUUGUGGAACAACUGCACCAAAAACCAGCUCGCAUAUCUGUGCUAGCUUUACUCCUAAACUGGAAGGGACAUCGAAAUGCACUACUGAAGGUGCUAAAUGAAACUUAUGUGGCCGACAAUAUCUCUAUUAACAAGUUGGAUCGACUGGUCGGCAAUAUAAGCGCUGAUAACUUCAUCUCCUUUAGCGAUUAUGAAAUACCACCUGGGGGUAUGAGAUCUACUAGAGCUUUACACAUCACUGCAAUGUGUAAAUGGUGCAUAUUACCAGGAGUUCUGGUAGACAUCGGAUCGGCACUGAAUGUAUUGCCUCUAUCCACGCUCAACAGGCUACCUGUGGAUAGUUCACAUAUGAAGUCGUGCCAGAAUGUGGUGAGAGCAUUUGAUGGCACCGAGAGAAAAGUCAUGGGAAGAAUCGACAUACCCUUAUUAAUUGCCCAACUAUCUAUGAGGUAG